AGUUCUUAAAUCAAGAAGUCCUCUUUUAGUGUUUAUCUGUGUCCGCGAAACUGUCCCAAAAGUUGGCCACAGGCAGACGUUGUUGGGGAGAGGCGGUGUUUUCGAGAACAAGGCGGCGCUCUUUUAAAUUGGAAAAGCUGAACGAUAGGACUAGACACUUCAACACCGAUUCCUGAGCAGCGAUUGCAUGCGUGGGCUUUGAGUGGGUGCAACCGAGCGAGAACGAGCGAAUCUUUUAGGCACACAUACCUCCACUUUCGGUCGCUUCGUAUCUUUCGUACGUUUGCUCAUUCGGUGUAUUUCACUGGGAUAACUUGUUCUCUUCAAAGGAAAUUACUGUUUAUGGUGGUGAACGAAGAUUUGAAGAUGUCUCGCACCGACGAGGUUAAUCGCAUAACGGAGAAUGUAUACAAGUCCAUCAUGGAACAGUUCAACCCCUGCUUGCGGAACUUCGUGGCCAUGGGGAAGAGCUACGAGAAGGCCCUCUCCAAUGUGACAUUUGCCGCUAAGGGCUACUUCGACGCCCUUGUCAGGAUGGGUGAGCUGGCCAGUGAAAGCCAAGGAUCCAAGGACCUGGGUGAUGUGCUGUUUCAGAUGGCCGAGGUCCACAGGCAGAUCCAAGUACAGCUGGAAGAGAUGCUGAAGUCUUUCCACAAUGAGCUGCUGUCUGAGCUGGAGAAGAAGGUGGAUUUGGACGCUCGUUAUCUGACCGCUGCUCUGAAGAAGUACCAGCUGGAGCACAAGACCAAGGGAGACAGCCUGGAGAAGUGUCAGGCCGAGCUCAAGAAGCUCCGCCGGAAGAGCCAGGGCAGCAAGAACCCGUCCAAGUACGGAGAGAAAGAGAUGCAGUUCGUGGAGACCAUCAGCAGCAAGCAGAGUGAGCUGGACACCUUCAUAGCGGAGGGCUACAAGACGGCCCUGUCCGAGGAGCGCCGGCGGUACUGCUUCCUGGUGGACCGACAGUGCGCCGUGGCCAAGAACAGCAGCGCUUACCACGGCAAGGGCAAGGACCUGUUGACCCAGAAGAUACCGGUUUGGCAGCAGGCCUGUUCCGACCCCAACAAGCUGCCGGAGCGGGCGGUGCUCCUAGCCCAGCAGAUGGGUUCCGGGUCCAGCACCCUGGCCCUGAACAUGGGCGGCUCCAGUCCCAUGCACGCCUCCAAGUCCAACCUGGUCAUCUCGGACCCGAUCCCCGGGGCGCAGCCGCUGCCCGUACCCCCGGAGCUGGCCGUGUUCAUGAGCGGAGGCCUCGGCCACCAGGCGAGGCUGAUGGGUUCGGAGGGGAUGUCCAUGGUGAACGGCACCGCCGCGGGCCACGGAGGAGAAGAGUACUGGACGGACGGGGGUGUGUCCCAGCUCCAGGGAAGACCCUCCUCCCCUCAGACCCACCAACAGGCCCCGCCCCUCCCGCAGGGCCAGGCCCCCUCCCAGAGACAGGCCAAUGAGCACUACUCCAAUACGCUUCCUGUCCGCAGGCCCCUGCCUGCAAAGAACAAGACCUCUGUCGGCGAGACCCGUACCUUGCCCAGGUCCAGCUCCAUGGCGGCCGGCUUGGAGAAGAACGGCCGCGCCCGCGUCCAGGCCAUCUUCUCCCACGCGGCGGGGGACAACGGCACCCUGCUCAGCUUCUCCGAGGGAGACGUCAUCACCCUGCUGGUCCCGGAGGCCCGGGAUGGAUGGCACUAUGGAGAGAACGAGAAGAACAAGAUGCGCGGUUGGUUCCCGUUCUCCUACACCCGCGUGUUGCCUGAGAGUGAGAACGAGAAGCUCCGGGUGAAUCUGCAUCACGGGAAGAGCAGCAGCACAGGAAACCUGCUGGAGAGUGAUAUGUCUCUGCCCAUGCCGGACUAUGGCCUGACCGCACGCCUGCUGGCUCAGAGCCUGGCGCAGAGCCGACCGAGGCCCUACAGCAUGGCGGGCUUCACCGCACAGCCUCCGCUUGAGGACUACGACAGUCGCUUCGCUGCUGCCAGAGUCCCACGGGGAGCAGGGGUAUGGUGUUACCUUCCGGCUGCUUUCCAAGGGCCUCUGUAAUCUAUCAGACCUCAGAGAUCCUGGCGACCGCGCCUUGGAAAUGUACUUCAGACAACCCAUCAAUGACGACAGAUCUGCACCCAUCUUUUACUAGCGGGGCCCCCCGAGGCGCACCAGGGCUGGGCUCAGUUCCUUUUCAGUUCAGCCAGUGCAGUGUGUAAAAAAGAAAAAACACCACUUCCCAUCUUCCUCAAUGCUUUUUAAUGAUUGUCAAAAUGGACGGACUGAAUUGAAAUCGAAACUGACCCCAUUUCUGACGGAGCCCUUGUGGUACGAGGAGAGAGAUGACAUUGGUCGUCUCCGUGAUUAGUAGUAAUGUUCCAAAUUCCUUAUGUUGUACUCUCCAGCAGAUUGAUUGAUCUGCGUUUAUAUGUUCCUGUAACUCGGAAAGUAAUGUUCAGUCAACUGUCCAGGGGGUUGAAAGAAAUGACUCGUACUGUGUUAUAAACUUAGAUUACAUUAGAUUACAAAUAUUACACUGGAUGUAUUGCGCUAGAACACAUACAUUUGUAAAUACUAUUUUAAUUUAAACCAAUGAUAGAAUACAGUAGGCCAACAUGCAAGCAGGUUGGCACCCGAGCUAUCUGUCUGUUAAUAGGACAGGUGCUUGGAUGGUUCCACCUCUGCACCUAGUUCAGGGGUACCCACACACACCUGUUGGAUGGUUCCACCUCUGCACCUAGUUCAGGGGUACCCACACACACCUGUUGGAUGGGUCC